UAAUUCUAGUGGGAUUACUUAGAAGGACAAAGACUUGAAUGCCUCACCCAAUAAAAUGAGACCAAACCUUGUCCCUUGGGUUUCCUCCAUACAGUCACUGCCCCCUUUUCACAACACACACUCAAACCCACACUUUCAGACACCCAACAACACCCACAAAAACUCAAAAAACAACCAACAGAGACUGUGUGUGACACACUGAGAUAGCAAAAUCCAAAUGGUUGAGACAGAAGCUGAUCUCUGUCCCAUGCUUUUCUCUGUCUCAGGGGGCCAGUUUUGAGCUUUCUGGGUCUGUCAUAGGACUCAUAUAGGUGAGUGUAAAUAGAAGUGAGUUCUAAGUACUGGUUUAUUGUGGUGGAGAUGAAUAGUACUGGUGGAGGUGGUGGGGGUGGAGGUAGUGUUAGUGGGACAGGAAUAGGCACAGGUAUGAGGUCACCUUUUACAGUGUCACAAUGGCAGGAGCUAGAGCACCAAGCUUUGAUCUUUAAGUAUAUGGUGGCAGGUUUGCCUGUACCACCUGAUCUUGUGCUACCUAUUCAGAGAAGCUUUGAGUCUAUUUCUCAUAGGUUCUUCCACCAUCCCACAAUGGGCUAUUGCUCCUUCUAUGGGAAGAAGGUGGACCCAGAGCCGGGACGAUGCAGGAGAACAGAUGGCAAGAAGUGGAGGUGCUCCAAAGACGCCUACCCGGACUCUAAGUACUGUGAGCGCCACAUGCACCGUGGCCGCAACCGUUCAAGAAAGCCUGUGGAAUCACAAACUAUGACGCAGUCAACAUCGUCCACUGUGACAUCACUGACUGUCACUGGAAGCAGCAGUGGGAAUGGGAGCUUACAGAACCUACCAUUGAGUGCCUUUGGUAAUCCCCAAGGUGCUAGUUCUGGAGCCAACCAGUCCCAGUAUCAUCUGGAUUCCAUUCCAUAUGGAAUCCCAAACAAAGAUUACAGGUACCUUCCAGGACUUAAACCUGAGGUUGGUGAGCAUAGUUUCUUCUCUGAUGCUUCAGGAAGCAAUAGGAAUCUCCAGAUGGACUCACAGCUAGAUGGUACAUGGCCUCUGAUGCCAUCCAGAGUUGCCUCAUUUCCUGCAUCAAAAUCCAGUGACAAUUCCAUGUUGCAGAAUGAUUAUCCCCAGCAUUCAUUUUUCAAUAGUGAUUUUUCCUCUGGAGAACCUGUGAAACAGGAGGGUCAGUCACUUCGACCUUUCUUUGACGAGUGGCCUAAAACCAGGGAGUCUUGGUCUGGUCUUGAGGAUGAAAGAUCCAAUCAGACCUCAUUCUCCACAACUCAGCUCUCAAUAUCUAUUCCAAUGACUACAUCUGACUUCUCUGCAACAAGUUCUCGAUCUCCACAUGAUAAUUGAGAGGAGCAAUGGUUUAGAAAUUUUCUGCAGCCGCAUCAUUUGAGAGCCGGACAUGUUCUAGCAUGUUAACUUGUGCAUGCUCAAAGACUCCCUAUGAAGUAUUUUUCAUUUUCCUUGAUAGCUUUAUGGUUGUGGGUUUUCUGCAAGGCUGUUUGUAUAAAUUCUACAUUUGCAAGCUUAAAUUUUAAGGCCUGAAUAAGAUAAAAACUUUGUCAGGAAUUUGGGAAAACCCAGAACAUUGUGGUUGUGUUAAAUGAAAGAGCAACAAAUUUUGGCUUGGGUUUAA